CAGCCCCGGCCGCGAAGCGCCAGCUCCUGCAGCUGGACACCCUGGCAGCGUGGAGCGCCAGAGCGGCGUCGAGCACAUACAUUGGGACAAACGAAAAGCGGUGUGGUGCAUUAGAUAUAAGAUACAGAACGGCCCAGAUCAAGGUCGCAGAACGCGGCCUACGUUCCGACCGAAGGAGGCGUCGCCAGAGGAGGUGGAGCAGGCGCGGCUCGCCGCCGUCGAGGCGCUGCGACGGCUGAAAGAGAAGGACCGGCUCGGGCAGGCCCGCGCUGGCAGUUACGACCCCGCGGAGCGCCAGAGCGGCGUCAAGCACAUCUCCUGGUGCAAGAAAACCCAGGCCUGGCGUGUUCAGUACAGGGCGAAGAAUAGCCCAGACAAACGUCGCCAAACGGGGUGCUAUCUCCGCCCGAAGGACGAGUCGCCAGUGGAGGUGGAGCAGGCGCGGCUCGCCGCCGUCGAGGCGCUGCGGCGGCUCGAGGAGGAGGACCGCGCCCUCGAGCCGAGCGGGGAGGUGCCGCUUCUCGACGGGCUGUUUCUGGUCGUCGGAGGCGAUGUGAAGCGGCGCCCUAAGUUGCAGGACGGCGCGCUCCGGCCGAGCAGCGCGGGCGAACCCUCCGCUGGCCGACAGGGCGCGAAACGCCAGAGCGGCGUCAAGCACAUCUAUUGGGCAAAGACCGACAGGCGUGGCGAGUUGAGUACUGGAUACGUAACGGCGCGGACAAAGGCACCAGGAAGCAGCUCACGUUCUGCACGAAGGACGAGACGCCCGAGGAGGUGGAGCGGGCGCGGCUCGCCGCCGUCGAGGCGCUGCAGGCGUUCCAGGAGGAGGACCUCGUGCUCGGGCGGAUCAAACCAGGCUGGCACAGCGCAGACCGCCAGAGCGGCAUCAAGCACAUACAUUGGGACAGCACGAGACAGGCUUGGCGUGUUAAGUACCAGAUACAGAACGGUGCAGACAAAGGCACCAGGAAGCAGUCCACUUUCCGCCCGAAGGACGAGUCGCCCGAGGAGGUGGAGCAGGCGCGGCUCGCCGCCGUCAAGGCGCUGCGGCGGAUGGAGGAGGAGGACAGGCUCGGGCAGGCCCGCGCGGGCAGCUACAGCCCCGCGGAGGGCCAGAGCGGAGUCAAGCACAUAAACUGGGUCAAUCGCAAGGCGGCCUGGCGCAUUACGUAUAAGAUACGGAACGGCCCGGAUCAAGGUCGCAAAAAGCAGCUCGCGUUCCGCCCGAAGGACGAGUCGCCAGAGGAGGUGGAGCAGGCGCGGCUCGCCGCCGUCGAGGCGCUGCGGCGGCUCGAGGAGGAUGACCUGCUCGGGCAGGCCCGCGUUGGGCAGGCCCGCGCUGGCAGCUACGACCCCCCAGAUCGACAGAGCGGCGUCAAGUACGUUCACUGGGUCGGCAAGAGACAGACGUGGUGCGUGAGAUACGUGAUCAAGCACGGCCCAGGCAAAGGCACCAGGAAGCAGCCCAUCUUCCGCCCGAAGGACGAUUCUCCGGAGGAGGUGGAGCAGGCGCGGCUCGCCGCCGUCGAGGCGCUGCGGGAGCUCCAGGAGGAGGACUGUUUCGGGCGGAUCAGGUCGGGCCAGCACAGCGCGGAGCGCCAAAGCGGCGUCCAGCACAUACAUUGGGAUAGAAGAAGACAGUUGUGGCGUGUUCAGUACCGCAGACAGAACGGCCCAGACGAAGGCAUCAAGAAGCAGCCCAUCUUCCGCCCGAAGGACGGAUCGCCGGAGGAGGUGGAGCGGGCGCGGCUCGCCGCCGUCCAGGCGCUGCGGGGGCUCCAGGAGGGGGACCGCGCGCUCGCGCCUACCAGCUCGGGCCUGCACAAAGCGGAGCGCCAGAGCGGCGUCCAGCACAUAGAUUGGGAUAGAGCAACACAGGCGUGCGGUUCGCCGCCGUCCCAGGCGCUGCAGCAGCUCGAGGAGGAGGGCCACGCCCUGGAACCGAGCUGCUCGGGCCGGCCCUGUGCCAACCGCGGCCGCGGGGAGGUGCCGCUUCUCGACGGGCUGUUUCUGGUCGUCGGGGAGGAUGUUUGAUGCGGUGAGCGGGGUCCUGAAGCUGACGGUCGGCGACACUGGCGGCAACACGCAGAUGAAGCCCACGCACGAGAGCGUGCAACCUAGGGACGGGCACUCCGACGCCGACGCAAUCCAGACAAAGUUCGACCCUGAACCGAUCACCUACGACGCCCUCCUCACCCACUUUGGCCGCAUACGUGAGCGCACGCCAGCGCCAGUGGGCUUGGCGCUCGCGGAGGGGGCACAAUACCAUACGCAGUACUACGAUACGCAGUACUAUCAUACGCAGUACUACUACACGCAGAACUACUCGGCAGUCUGGUACCACUAUUACGCAGUACUGGUCGGCACUCUGGUACUGCGACGAGGAACAAGAGAGAGGCUCUGCAAGCACGCCCCAGCCAAGGCGCCCCGGACGCCCACGCUGCGCGCAUGGAGAAGUGGCACGACCACCCGAAGAUCGUGCAGUGGCGCGCGAACCUCCAUCCCUCCGCCCUCCCCUGCCAGAUCCUCGCCCCUCUCUGUCUCGGCGGCUGCGAAAGGUGCAGGUGCCCCUGGCCCUCUUGGGCCGUCUGGGGGCCCUCUUGGACGCGUCUUGGGCUGUCUUUGGGCGGUCUUGGG